CAUGCCCGUAUCCCACGCCGCAGAUGACCCUCUUUGGCAUUCAAGAGGAUCUGAUUUUCCUGCUUCGCAAAGCGUACCUUUCUUCCUAUCUAAAGCCUCUUAGGACCCCGCAUCUCUUGGAGAUAAGCUUCUGCCAGCUUUGCUAUGACCAUUUACACGGGAGUUUGCCUCCUGCGUCGAUAGAGACUUAUAAAAAACGUCUACGGCAGAACACAACACUGGACCUUACAACAAAAGUCUGUAUUCGCAAGCUUUUUAGAAAGCCGUUAUCGCCAAGGCUUCCUCUUUCUCCACUCUCCUACAUUCUCGCUCGCCCUACUAUUCUCAGCGACCUUGAGUCAAUCAAAAUAUGGGUGGCAUUAUACUUCUUGCACUUGCGGUGGCUUUCCUUGUCAGCUCCAUCUCAUACCUCUCAGUCAGUAAGCAACAGCGCGGCAUUCUUCUUUCCCGACUGAGUCUCCACCGCCGACGAUCAUCCGGUGCGUCGACUCCGCCACGGUUUUUGUCGCAAGAAAAGAAGGACAGCAGCAACUCGUCCUCCCCGGAUUACGUCGACACAUUUCCACCAUCGCGCCGGUUCAUACUCGAUGAGGUCAGGCCCGAUAUUGCAGAGAAGUCUAAGUAUUCCCUGAACUAUUUGAGCCAAUCAGCCGGAUGUCAACAAACUCCAUUAGCCAUUGAUGCCAACUUUUCAACCGCGGAAGGAACAGCCUUCACACCGACCGGGUUCUCUGUUGAGGAGGUCAGAUCACUUGGUGAUUUUCCGGACUAUGCAGCGCUCAGUGGCGUCCCUCUCCCAAAGCCAUAUCCGGAGUUCGACGUCAAAAGAGCAAAAGCAAAGCCAUACAGACCUCUACGAUGGGCUUACCACCAGACAAUGUCAUUCAGUAAGAUGGAUUCUGACUGGUGGUUGGAGCUUGAAAACACCUACGUCAACCGUGUUAAACAACGACAAGACCUCUUCGCCAAACACGGCAAGCGUGUUCUUGAUAGCCUUCCCGGAUCAGAACUGGCUUGCAAGGAGUUGAUGGAGAUGUGCCUUGAGUUUCUCUGCGCCAGGUAUCCGCAUUAUUUCCGAUUGGACAAGUGCGAAAUGAUCUUCCACAACGACAUACUCCGGACGCAGUCUAACCUGAAGCAAGAACAUCCCCUCCAUACCAUUCUCAACAACAUUCCCGAAGAUUUCGGUAUUACUUUGAGAGACGACAAGACUGGAUAUUACUAUUUGCGUGCGGGCGUAAUUUGCAGCUCACUGGGAUGGGACUUGGGAGUCAAGUUGGGUAUGCGGCUGGACGAGAUUCAUCAACCCAUUCCGGAUUACAAAGAAAAGAUGCGGUUUUCUAUGGACAGAUACUUUGCAAAGAAACCCACUGACAAAGCCAUCCAACGCGGCUCAUGGGGUUUGGAAGUGGACGAGCCCCUGUACAUGCCUGCUGGCGAUCCGCAUGAAAAGUAUCGCGAGGUACAGGACCCCAGCUUGGACAUCUCUCGAAUGCAUCUGCGAGUGGACUGGCAAACACUCCGGCGACUACCGCUCUCUGGAGCAAUAGUCUUCAACUUCAAAGCCUUGUUUACUCCGGUAGAGGCUUUCCGUGAGGAACCUUAUAUCCCAUCACUGCUUUUGAGGAUUCUAAAGAAUGGCAAAAAGAAUUUGAUGGAGUACAAAAACACCUGGCACACUGAGCACGUUGUGGUUCCCGCGUUGGAAGCAUAUAGAAAAGAGCAAAUCCAGAAAGGCAUGAUACCCGAAAAUUGGGACGAGCACACAUUGGAGGAAUACCCGAUGUACCCAAGAUGGGAAAAGAGAUGGCAUUUGGAACAAGGCUUUUGAAUCGACCAGGCUUCGUCUCAAAGUUUCAUUUAUCAUGGCUUUUUGUAAGGGUAUGCAGUUUACAAUUCUUUGUUUGAUACUCAAUCAACUUGAACUCACGGUGCAGCCUGCAUGAAAAUUCUGGGAACAAAAUAGCAGGACAUCUCACUUGACAGUAUUUUGGUCCAUCUUAUCGUAUCCACCUAUAGUAGUUAGUUAUAAAUAUCGAUAGCUAAGGCUACGAAGUAGUCGUUGGUAAGGUAGAAAUUUCCUUAACUCCUAAAAAUACCAUAACACUAGGAAGAUAGGACUGUAGUUUGAUC